UACAUUGCUUGUCAAGGUCCAAAUACUGCUAGUGUGAAUGACAUGUGGAGGAUGAUUGUUCAGGAAAAUGUUGUUAUCAUUGUCAUGGUAACGAACCUUGUGGAAGGCAAGAGGACUAAAUGCCAGAAAUACUGGCCAGAUAUUGGUUGUAGACAAACAUAUGUUAAUAUUGUCGUCACGAACAUGGAAGAAAGUGAUCAUGGCUACUACACCAUUCGCAAGUUCAAGGUUGACACCCAAGGGAUGUCGCGUGAGGUGUGGCAAUACCAUUUCACUGACUGGCCUGACAAAAGUGUUCCACCGGUUGUCACCCCUCUGGUCGAGUUUAUCUACGAGUUUAAAGAAGCGAAAAAGGUCUUGCCGAGUAGUACUGGACCUUAUGUAGUCCAUUGCAGUGCCGGGGCCGGGAGAACUGGAACAGUUAUCACGAUCGACGCCAUGUUGGAUAUGGCAGAACGCACAGAAACAGUGAAUGUGUUCAAUUUUGUCAGGAACAUGAGAGAAAAUCGCGUUCAGAUGGUGCAAACUGAG